AUGGCUCAAGGAAAUCGAUAUAUUAGAUUUACCACCGGAUAUUAUUAUUAUAUUCAAGUCAAUGAUCUCGAUGAAACGUAUAGAAUUUUGAGAUACAAAAAUUAUUCCGAUGAAAUUCAAAGGUAUUCUAUUGAUCAUGAAUGUGAUACUGAUAGUUACUUGAGAGGUUCACCCGGCAUAGUAUUGGAGACUAUUACUGUGACUAGAUAUAUUGAUUUAAACAGUACAAAUCCUCAAGCUAUAGCAUCCACGAUGAAUGCUAUGUAUAUGAUGGUUAAAAGUGUAAAAGAUGAUAUUGAUUUGCUCAAAAGAAACAGAGAUAAUUAUGAUU